AUGUAACUAAGCCAAAUGGUAAAUUUAUCAUAAUAAAUUUUUCAAAUCAGUUCACUAUCAUCUAUCCCAUCGUUUAUCCUAGCAUUUUUCGCUGCGUUUUUUAAGACAUUAAAAAUAUUGCUUUUUAUGUUUGGGUGCGAGACAUUUUACGACUGUUCAACAAAAAGUAUUAUACUUUUAUUAUUACCGUAAACUUAUUUGCAAUUAUACUUUACCAAUCUUGGCCUAUUCUAUUCAUAUUCAAGUGCUAAAUAUUUCGCUCUACAAGCUCAACGAUUAUUACGAACAAUAUAAAACGAUUAUACACUAUUUAUUAGUCGUCACUUUCAGUCAGCUCUGAACUCAUCCUGAAUCGCCGAGUUCUAACAUCAUAAAGUUGCUAUGACCAGUAAAGGAAAUAGCAAAAAUUCACAACGAAAGGUUAAGCAAAAGAAACAAAAUACUGAUAAAAAAAUGGUUACGGUUGAUAAUCACGUGAAGAUGACAUCCAAUAUUGAACCGGGGUUGUUAAAACAAAACGAUAUUUCACCUGUAAAAGGGAAACAAAAUAAAUCUUUGAAAAAAGGUAUAAAAAGGAAAGCUGAGGAUUCUCAUGCAAUUAACGAAACCUUUCAGGUCUCAAACGCAGCUGUGUCACAUCCGAAAAUGUCACAAAAGGUUGGGUGUAGACAUUUAGAAAAAUAUAAAGGUGAUCGGCCAGAUUACUUGGACAAUUUCAAGACUAUUGCAGAGCUAUCCAUGAGAUGGUACAAAAUCGGAAUCCCCAGAGAAAAUAAGAUGCUUAUGCACCAAAAAUGUUCAGAAUGUAGUCUCAAGGGAGAUCGAUUACACGCAUGUCUUGAUUGUGUGUUUAUCGGAUGCUGGCGUGGUGAAAGUCAUGCCCGUAAACAUUACAAGAACACCCACCACACCUUUGCAACUGAUGUGCAAAGAUUGGAAAUAUUCUGUUUUAGAUGUGGCGAUUAUAUAUAUGACAUUGACUAUGAUAAUGUCAAGAAACAUGAAGAAGUCCGCGCCGAGGAGAAAGAGUCCGAUAUAAAAGAACCCGCACGAAAACGAGCACGAUAUGUCCCUUGGAGACCAACUGAAGAAGAGUCAGAAAGAAUCAAAAGGAACUCGACGCCUUUUCCUUGCUCAGGCUUGAGAGGGCUUCUUAAUAUGGGUGCAACGUGUUUCAUGAACGCUGUAUUACAAACGUUCAUGCACAACCCAAUAAUCAAGAACUACUUCAUGACGGAUAAACAUAAUAAGAAUAUAUGCGGUACUUCAGGAUGCAUGUGCUGUGAAGUUGACAAUCUUUUUCAAGAGUUUCAUUCGGGAGAGAAGAAGCCAUAUCCACCAUGCAGCUUCUUACAGUCUAUGUGGCUUAGUUCUAAAGAGCUUGCCGGAUAUUCUGAACAAGAUGCACAUGAAUUCUACUUGGCUGCUAUUAAUAAAAUGCAUGGGGACUCGCACGAGACUAAGCAUCAGGAAUUAAAUGCCAACAUUCAGAAUUGUGAAUGCAUUAUGCACAAAACUUUUGGUGGUUGUUUUCAAUCCCGGAUAAAGUGCUCUCAAUGUGACAUGUCCUCCGAUCGAGAGGAGCAUAUGGUAGAAUGGCAGUUACACCUUCGUGGGCUUGUUACCAAUCAGAAGAAGAAGAACGGUACCAAAGGUUCGCAAGAAUCUAAUAGUAGUGAAAUGGAUGUUGACAAAAACAGUCUUGAGGACUGUCUCGAUAGAUAUUGUGAAAAGGAACAGCUCCCUGGUUUUAAGUGUGAAGAUUGUGAAAUUCGCUUGCUGAAUGAAGAUGACUCAUCUGAAAAAGCUAAAGAUAGUGUAAAUUCAUGUUCGAGGACGACAACUUGUAAAAAAUUACCUCCAGUUUUGACAUUUGUUGUUGAACGAUUUCACCGCGCUUCAACAAAAACAAAUACUAUUAAAAAUGAGGCUGAGUUUGAAUUUCCUGAAGAAAUUGAUAUGGCAAAGUGGACUAGUCGUGGUCAUGAUGUUCUUGAAAAAGGAGGAACCCUGGACGAUUUACCAAAUUAUAAAUAUAAUUUACUUUCUGUUGUUAAUCAUGAAGGGAAAAUAAACACCGGUCAUUAUACGGUGUAUUGCAAAAGUCGUGACCGAUGGUUCUUGUUUGAUGAUCACGCAGUAAAGUGUGCAAGUGUUGAGGAAGUUUUACAAAGCAAACGUAAGGCUUAUCUUUGCUUUUAUGUUGCUGAUACUUUGGAGUACGAUCAACCGAAUAUUAAUUAAAGUCGACGGGAUAAUAAUAUUUCAACCAAACAACGAUGGCUUGGAUAAAUUCUUAUACUGAACAAUUGUGACGGUUUUAACGUCAAAAAAUUUUAAUUUUAUAUUUACAAUAUUAUUCCCUUUUUCUUCUUUUUUCUUUUUUUUUUUUGAUAUUGAAGGCAAGGAUUAAUUUUAUUAGUAAUAAGGUUCCUUGCAUUAAUGUUUUAAUUGUAAAAAUCCUGGAUGAAUUUUAGUUAAAAUAAUAUUACAAGAUUAGAAUCAACUUUCUGCAUAUAAAAAAGGGCAUUGUAUGCCAUCAAUAAAAGUAUUAUAUAAUCUAUUUUCGUUUCAAAAACACACAUAUAAAAGUACUAUAUAUGCUAAUCAAAUUUGUCUAUUCCCAUUUUGUAAUUUAUAUUAUGGAUUUUUAAUGUAUAGGACAAUCCUAAUGAUGUGAAUUUCUAAAUAUUAAAAUCGAAACCAUUUUAAGCUAACAUUUUGGAUCAAUGAAUA